UGCAGCUCACCAUGCCGCCUAUGGCAUUCACUGGAAUUGUGACCAAAGCCGGUGUCAUGAGAAAGACGGCCACGGUCACUGUCUCACGGCUGGUCGCCCACCCACGUACAGGAAAGAUGCUUGAGCGCAGCAAGAAGUUUUUGACACACGACGAGCACAAUGAAAUGCGGCUGAAUGACCAGGUCGUGAUUCGUAACUGUCCACCAAUAUCUGCCCGCAAACGGUUCAAGCUGGAGACCGUCCUAAAAAGCCCUGAACGUGAGCGCGAGGAGCAUCACCGGAGGCAAGCAGAGGAGGCUGCAGCGGCCGUGAAGACGCAACUACAAGCCGCGGUUGCGUGAGAUCGGCGUCUGGAAACGAUGACAACUCUAUCGGGACACCGCAACGGAUACGCUCGAAACUCCGAGCUUGAGCGUGCUUCCCUGGGCAGGCCGCGCGGUUGAGCUUCAGUCUAGUCAGACCCUGAACACGAUUCCAUGUUAACGCGCUUACACCUUGUCUCUACUUGGCAGAAUCAAAAUACCACUCGAAGUUACACUCUCCCUAGACUGAGUACAUCGCAUGGCAUUCCAUUUAUCCAGGCAUGUACAUCAUUAAUCCGUUGAUAUCGCGAACCUACCAUAGCAUCCGGCUUCUGAUACCCUACUUCUCUGUAAACGGACCCCCGGACAAUUUGAGCUGAUCGACC